UUUUUUCCCCCUACGGCACCGGAAGAGUCCUUGAACUAAAACAGCUCCGCGGUCACUUCCGGAAGCGUGGCGCAGGGUUCCGGGAGGGCGCCGGCCUGAGAGCGGCGGGGAGAGGCGGCGACAGCUGGAGGAUGAAGAAGGAGCAUGUGCUGCACUGUCAGUUCUCCGCGUGGUACCCGCUCUUCCGAAGCCUAACCAUCAAGAGUGUCGUUCUUCCACUUCCUCAGAAUGUAAAGGAUUAUUUGCUAGAUGAUGGAACUCUGGUGGUUUCAGGAAGGCAGGAUCCACCAACAUGCUCUCAGCCAGACAGUGAUGAUGAAGCAGAAGAAAUACAGUGGUCUGAUGACGAGAACACAACCACACUUACGGCACCCGAAUUUCCGGAGUUCACCACCCAAGUCCAGGAAGCUAUCGAUUCCCUGGGGGGCAGUGUCUUCCCUAAGCUUAACUGGAGUGCCCCAAGGGACGCCUACUGGAUAGCAAUGAACAGUUCUCUGAAGUGCAAGACCCUCAGUGACAUCUUCCUGCUUUUCAAGAGUUCUGACUUCAUCACUCGGGACUUCACUCAGCCAUUUAUCCACUGUACUGAUGAUUCUCCAGAUCCUUGUAUAGAAUAUGAGCUUGUUCUCAGAAAAUGGUGUGAAUUAAUUCCUGGGGCUGAGUUCCGGUGUUUUGUCAAGGAAAACAAGCUUAUCGGCAUUUCUCAGAGGGACUACACACAAUACUAUGAUCAUAUUUCUAAACGAAAGGAAGAAAUUUGCAGAUGCAUACAAGACUUUUUCAGGAAGCACAUCCAGUAUAAAUUCUUAGAUGAAGACUUCGUAUUUGAUAUAUACAGAGACAGUAGGGGAAAGGUGUGGCUAAUUGACUUUAAUCCAUUUGGUGAAGUCACAGAUUCACUGCUGUUUACUUGGGAAGAACUGAUAUCCGAGAAAAACUUAAAAGGCGAUUUUAGCGAAGGAGAUGCUCAGGAGCAGGACUCUCCAGCAUUCCGCUGCACGAACAGUGAAGUCACGGUCCAGCCCAGCCCCUACCUGAGCUACCGGCUGCCCAAGGACUUCGUAGACCUGUCCACCGGGGAGGACGCCCACAAGCUCAUCGAUUUUCUCAAGCUGAAAAGAAAUCAGCAAGAGGACGACUGAACAGAUCGCUAGAGUCCAAGAGCACGUGAGAGGCGAGGGGAGCGUGGCCACUUCCAGAGGCUGCUCACCCACCACAGCUUCAGUGACCCUAGCGGGUGGGCGGGAGGCCAGUGUGGAAAUCUGCGGCUUUUCAUAUUCAUGUGCAGUCACCUGCAGAAAGUGGAGGGACUUUGCUACUUGUAAAAAUAACCCAAUAAAUAGAUCUUAAACACAGGACACCGUGCUGUUCUGAUAAUAAAAUAACUUUCUAUGAAAUA